GCAGCGCCGGGGGAUGCUCGUGCUGGGCCGGGCCUCUCCCUCAACUUAGGGCGGCGGCGGGCCCGCGGCCGGGGCUCCCAGGCCAUGGCUCUGAGGGAGCUCAAAGUGUGCCUGCUGGGGGAUACAGGUGUAGGCAAAUCCAGUAUCGUGUGGCGGUUUGUGGAAGACAGUUUUGAUCCGAACAUCAACCCAACAAUAGGGGCAUCUUUUAUGACCAAGACUGUCCAGUACCAAAAUGAGCUACAUAAAUUCCUAAUCUGGGAUACAGCUGGACAAGAACGAUUUCGUGCCUUAGCACCAAUGUACUAUCGAGGCUCAGCUGCAGCUAUAAUCGUUUACGAUAUCACAAAAGAAGAGACAUUUUCAACAUUGAAGAACUGGGUAAAAGAGCUUCGACAGCAUGGCCCACCUAAUAUUGUAGUUGCCAUUGCAGGAAAUAAGUGUGAUCUUAUCGAUGUCAGAGAAGUCAUGGAGAGAGAUGCUAAGGACUACGCUGACUCCAUUCAUGCGAUUUUUGUAGAGACCAGCGCAAAAAAUGCGAUAAACAUAAAUGAGCUCUUUAUAGAAAUUAGUCGAAGAAUUCCAUCCACGGACGCCAACCCGCCAUCUGGCGGUAAGGGCUUCAAACUCCGCAGACAGCCGUCAGAGCCAAAGCGAAGCUGCUGCUGAUGAGCCUCAGCCUCAGACUCGAGGGUGAAGCAGGUGGUCCUGACAGUUAGCAGGAGGGCUGGGGGCCUGCUACCAGUGUCCACCUAGCCGCUCAAGUCUUCUUCAUGCAAAAAGGACUCACAGAAAUUGGCCGGUUCUGUUCUCCCCUUGAAGACUGCAGCAAUGGUAUUUCAGUCUGUGGACGUCCAGUAUGUCAAGGAUCUGUGGUGUCCAAAGGGACCGCAUCAUUGACUUUGACCUUGCUGAAGGGAGCACGUCAUUGUAUGGAUGGUGGAAUUAAAUUGCUGAGUAGUUUUGUAAUCAGGAUUUUAUGUAACAUUUGUAAAAAGGGAAAAUUAGCACUUUCGUGGUUCUUGGGGGGGGAAGGCAAGAUUAUCAUUUCCUUGGUUUCCCGUUACCACUGUUGGAAGGAGUUGUAUCAUUUAAAUGUGGUAGGAUAUUGCAGGUAGAGGGACGGCAGUUACUGUUGGAAGCUGAAAUGGUUCUGUCUAGGACAGAUGGAGAUACUCCAUCUCUGCUGUCUCUGAAGCACUUUCUGUGAAGCAUGUUAGCCCCAGAUACAUACAGAAAGCCAACACCAUGGCAGUGGUUGCUGGCCCACCCUGGGUUUGCUUUUGACCCUGUCGCACAUGUAUCACUAAACACAUCACUGGCGCCACUGUGGUGGUGAUAGAAAAGCACCUGGAAUAAAUGAACUGCAUAUGUCCUAAAUAGGUUAGCAGCAGUUUAAAAAACAAGGAAGAGGAGAAAGUAAUGUAAAUGCUGUCAAUUUUUUUAUUUAAUCCAAGUAUUUUGGUGGGGAAAACAAGUAUCUGUUGCUUAGCAUAUGUAAAGUUGUAGUCUGUAUUUAUGAGACCAUUGCUUAAAGACUAUAAAUUAUGUAAAUACAUUAAUAAAUUCUAAGUUUCAUGCAGCACUCCAUUUAAUCUCGCACCCAGUCUUGUGAUGCCCUCCCACUUUUCAGCCUGUCCACUGGAGACUGAGGCACAUUUAUGUUGUGCAGAGGCAUAGAUGUUUAGCUUACAGUCUUUCCAGGUUUCUGUGCUUUCCCUUCCGCCCACCCCUCUUCCCUCUACAUCCCAUCUGGAAAUGAUAAUAAAGACAUAUGCCACUUCGA